CUUCACAUUCCUGUCUUAACUGGUUAAAAGCGGCACUCAUUCUUUGUUAAACAAAGUGAAAAUGUGACCUUUUUCUCUAAGCAUACAAUGCGCGUUAUUUAGUUACCCGCUGAAUGAAAUCUGCCGGCACUCUAUUUACAAAACGAACCCACAGAAAGCCCAGCUCACAGCGUGCAUCUGUCAUGAACUUGACUCUUACAGCUGUUUAAAUGGCGGUUGACACGCACAGUUGCCCGACAGCCUUUCCUUUCACCAUAUAUUCAUCCUUUGUUUACGCCUCAGUGGGUUUUUCUCACUUAACCAGAAAAGCCACAACAAGACAUACCUGCUUCCUAAAUUUUUACCUCCUCAUUCAAGAAGCGAGAGUGGAAUGAAUAGAAUAUUUGAUGUAAUUGCUGCAUUUAAUUGACUGUAAGAAUAGUUUUACUAACCUAUCUACUAAUGUCUGAGGCCUAUAAACUAUUUUCUCCCACAUACACACGCACUAUAUAUUUUUUUGACUCAUAUAUUAAUAUUAGACUAGUCGAAGUCAGAAUUUCCUCCUUUUUUUUUCUACACAGACAAAACCAAAUGAUCUCUUAUUUACUCAUCUGCCGCCUAGUUAUUCAUUCUUGUCUACAAGUGACAAGAUCCAUGAACUAGAACUCGGCAGAACAGCAUUGCAGCCAUUUUCCGUGCAGGGUGUGUGUGUGUGUGUGUGUUCUUCAGAAAGGGGAUUGCGGAAAAGCUGCAUACUUUUUUUUUCCCUUCUAAACCAAUCGGCAUUGCUGUUGCAUGAGUCACUCCCACACCCUACCCUUAUAUGACAAAGAGGGGAGGGGCUGUUUCUCAGACCGGACAGUGAAAUGGUGGCUGCUUGUACAAAAACAGCAGCAGCAGCAGCAUUAGGAACUGAGCAGCUACAGACGCUUUUACAGAAUCAGCCAAGACUGAAAGCCCAGAAGAACCAAAGACUCAUCUAUGGCAGAAAAACAGCAGAUCAAAGUGACUGCGGUCAAAGUGCUGUGCUACGUGGAGAAAGUCUCCUCCUUCGCCGCCAACAUUGACCCUCUCUUUGGGAUUGUGACUUCAGUGGUCGGAGUGGUCAGGAAAGGCCUCGUGGACGAGGAGGACAAUGAGAUGGAUAAGGACUUCAAACAGAUCCACGAGAAGCUAGAAACCAUCUCAGAGAAAAACAAGCAGACCCUGCGAAAGAUUCGCAUCAACGAAAUCAACGAGACUUACGGUAAACACGAGGAAACUAUCAAGCAUCAGUACGAUGCUUUUAACACCAUGGUGGAAAGAGUUAAACUGGACCCUGACAAUUCAGAUCGUCACAUGGGCGAGUUUGUGAAGAUCUACGAGGGCGAUGGGAUGGACAUGAGCUUAGAUACGUAUUACCGUGGAUUAAAGGGCACCUCUAUGUUUGGGAAGCCCAUCCUGCAGGUUUACCUGGAAAGCUGCCAAAGAAACAAAAAGGUGAUGGAGGCCCGCUGCUCUCACAUCAUCCACCUGUUCUACAUCGGUCUAAUGGCACUGAUGGCCUACACUGCCGCCACUGAAGACGACGAGGACGAAGUGAGAGACAAAUGGCACCCGAGGGUCACCGAAAUUCAACAAAAGAUGCUAGACGUUCUGGACCAAUGCACUGAAGAGGAAAAAUGAAAUGGGAACAUUGCACUGAAUGAUUGCUGAGACAAUUCAUUUCCGAUGCUGAAAGUUUAAAUGUCAUCUUGAAUUAGGAAAUUUUAAUAAAUCGUGUGGGGUGUAAAUGGGUGAAUUUUUUUUUCUGCUUGCCAAUGGACUUUUAGUUCGUAACACUGUAUAUGACAGUCUUUUUUUUUUAAAGUAUAUUAAGCAUGUUUUGGUCAUUAUUGUGACUGAAUAUAGCAUAAAAAUAUUACCAAUAUCAUAUGAGCCUUACACAUUAUUAUGAAUUAUUAUAUAAUUGUUUGCUUAUGUUUUGUGGAACAUUUUUUUAUUCUUUGCACAAUAAAUUAAUCUAUUUUUCCUCUCAAAUCCUGGCAAUUUGUCUCUUUAUUUGUCAUUUUAAAUGAUCAAACGUGAUUUCUGCCAGGUCAAUUCAGACUGUGAGUGCAGAAUGCAGAUGAAUAUGGAAAUUGCACUGAUUUGCAUUAAAUGCAAACUUGUCGAUGUUUCAGAGGCAGAAUGCUUGAUCAGUCUAAACUGAAAAAAUAUUAAGAAAACUUUCAGGUUCAGUACAAGUUAAACUCAAUGAAAAACAUUUAUGUCAUAAUGCUGACCUCAAUUUCCGCUUCUUUCUUUUUGGGUUAGAUUUUGAAUCAUUUGCUUUACAAUGAACGUUAAUGAGGCCAGUCCUUAUUUACUCUAUAUAUUCCAUGUUUUAGAAGUAUUACAAGAUUUGACAACAUGCAUGCUAGCAUGAUUUUAGUGUAAAAUCGUUUACUACCUUUUUUUCGUAUAAUGUUAAAGAUUUUUUUUACAACUUAGUCAUCAUGACAACCAAAAAAAAAUUUAAAUAUGACUUAAACGCAUUUACAGCUCAAAUAAUAUAGAUGUUUUGACAGAAUUAGUAUAAGAGAUAAAUAAAAAAGACUGUCAAUUCUGCAUUUAAAUUCUCCAGAAAUUGACCUCAAGUGCUUAACCAUAACCUUAUUCUUUUGCUUAUUGUUUUUUAAGAAAAUAAGGAACAAAAUUACUAAUCAACAAUAUAUAACGAAUACUGAUUGAGCUUAACUAGUAUUGAACCCUCUUUACAUCAUUUAGAUACUAC